AUUUCCACAGUGUCGCACGCUAGGGCCCACCAACUCUGUCUCGGAUUGGAUUUUUGGGUUUUGGAGAGGAUUCCGAGUUGUGAUAGGUGUGCUCUUUCUAUUCUCUUUCCAAUUCGGAGACAGUUCCCUAAAAAGGAUUUUAACUACCAGCAACCUUUCUGUUAUAUAUAUAUAUGUAUACACACACACUAUCUGUUACAUAACAAACUGUGAUUAAUUCUUUUCAAAAGAGGGAUUGUUUGGAGAGAGAGAGAGAGCGAGAGCUAACAAUGCCUGUCAUUGUUUGGAGAGAAGGAGAGACAGAGCAAACAACAAUGGAGACUGUGGGUCAUUGGAAAACGGAGGAGAAGGCAAACUCUCCGCAGAGCUCCCACGGUCCCCAAAAACCCCGUAAUCGCUUGAACUUCCACAUCUUAGAUUCGAUCAACAACGGUGAAGUUGAUGACGACAGUGACAGUGACAGUGACAGUGAUGAGUCCGACAAGAUGGAGCCAGAGAACUCCCAGGUUACUGUCGCUGACGCUGCAGCAAAGAUCAAUGCAUCUGAUCUUGCUGAUUUUCUUGCUAAGACAACCGCUUCGUAUGAAUCACAGCAGCGUAUACAGCUAAAGCUAUUUGCAGACUAUUUUGGCCGCGAGUUUGCUUCAACUAGUGCUACUCAGUUCCCAUGGAUGAAGCUAUUUAGGGAGUCCUCUUUGGGGGAUAUGGUUGAUAUUCCUAUUUCUCACGUAUCAAAAGCCGUUUAUAGGACAUCAAUUGAGUGGCUUAACCAGAGAUCUUAUGAAGCACUUGGUUCCUUUGUGCUGCGGUCAUUGAAUAUAAUUCUUUCUGAUAUAGAUAGGAGUCAAAAAACUGGCAAGAAAUCAAAAGAGGUGGUUCAGCAACCUCCAAAGUCUCGGGUUGCCAUAUUUGUUGUUUUAACAAUGGUGUUACGACAAAAACCGGAGGUGUUGAACAUUCUCUUGCCUGUAAUGAAAGAGGACCCAAAAUAUCAAGGUCAAGAUAAGCUUCCACUAUUAAUAUGGUUAAUAGCUCAGGCCUGCCAGGGAUAUUUGACUGUGGGGCUCUUCAUGUGGGUCCAUCUACUAUUGCCAAUGCUGAGCAGCAGCAAUUCACACUCCAGAGACUUGAUUCUGAAGCUUGUGGAGAGAAUUCUAUCUGCCCCAAAGGCUCGUUACAUUCUAUUAAAUGUAGUCGUCUGGAAAGGAGAGCGCGUAGUGCCACCAUGGGCUCUUGAGCUUCUAAUGAGAAUCACCUUCCCGGAAGAUUCGGCUAGAGUUGAGACUACUGAAAGAUUUGAAGCUGUGUAUCCCACCUUGAAAGAGGUUGCUCUUGCCGGCUCCCCUGAUAGCAAAGCAAUGAAGCAAAUAACGCCUCAAAUCUUGCAAUUCGCCCUCAAAGCUGCUGGAGAAGGUAUACCCGAGUUAUCGAAGGAGGCAAGCAAUAUAUUCAUAUGGUGUUUGACUCAAAACCAAGACUGUUACAAGCAAUGGGACAACCUUUAUUCGGAUAAUAUUCAAGCAAGUGGUGUUGUUUUGAGAAAGCUGAAUGAUGAAUGGAAGAUGCACAAUGUUAAAAAGUCAAGCCUUCAAUAUGUGAAGAACACCUUGAACAGUUUCAGACAGAAGAAUAAGAAAGCAUUGACCAUCAUGGAGGAUGAUCAAGCUUGCGCUUCCUUUAUGGAUGCAGAAAAGUACCGCAUCUUAAUUUCAAGAAGAUUGUCGUCGUCGUCGUGGGGCUGUGGAUGCUGUAAGAGCUUGGUAUAUGUUGCGGUUGCAGUUGGUGCUGCUGUCUUCAUGUUACAAAGAAUUUGAGUUAUUUAGCGGUUUUCUUUUUCUUUAUCUUUUGUAAACAGAGCUGGGAAGGAAUUGAUCCGUGUUAUCGUAGAUUUUGGUGGCCUAAAAUUGGUUUUAUUGCUGGUAUAACAUAGAAUUUUAUUGAA